UGGGGGUGUGAAGCUGUAAAGUGUGUGCCCAGUGAGGAGAAGAUAUUAUAAUUUUUUUAUAUGGCAAACACAGCUUAGUUAAAAGCAAAAAAGGUGUACUAGGAACAUCUCUAAAUAGACCACCUAAGGAUGGAGAAGGAGCGGAGUCGCAUGACUAAGAAAAUAUUAGACCUCACCCUGGAGAUCAUCUACUUGCUGAAUGGAGAGAAUUAUAUAGCGUUCAGGUUAUCGUUAUCUGAUGGCUUGGCUCCUUUCAACAUGAAGAAGACAUCACGUUCCUUCAUGGGGCCUCCAUCUCACUCUUUGAGAAAAGACAAUAAGAAGAUCCUAGAAGUCACCCAGAAGAUCAUUGAUCUGCUGACAGGAGAGGUGAUGCUGGAUGUAAACCAGACUGACUGUAGAACUGAACCCAUGGAGGAAGAAGAGGAGCCAUAUAUGAAGGGUGAUGAUCUGUAUAAGAAGAAAGAAUUUCCUCCAGAGAUCAGCACAGACCCCGGAGACACCAGAGAGACUCAAACAGACAUCAAAGCUGAGGAAGAAAUAGAAGUGAUGAUUAAAGGGGAGGAAAUUCUUCAAGAGAUCAGCACAGAUGGUGGAACUGAAGAUAUACGUGGCACAUCUGGUUCUUUAGGCGAAAACCCUAAUGCUCUAAAUUUCCAUCCAGCAGUUUACGGAGAAGGUCUAUUAUCUGAUCCCCUUGGAAAUUUCUCCAAUCACUCACCUCCUAUUACUUAUCCUACAGCUCAUAGUAGGAGUGAAAGAUUCACUUUUUCUGGUGAUUCUUUUACCCAGAGGGAGGACCUUACUUCACAAGAGCCAAGUCAUGAAGGGGAGAAGCCAUACUCCUGUCCAGAAUGUGGAAAAAGUUUCCCUCGGAAACAGGAACUCAUUGGUCACCAGAGAACUCACACAGCUAUGAAGUCCUUUUCAUGUUCUGAAUGUGGGAGAUGUUUUACCCGGAGAGGCAGUCUCACUGAACACCAGAGAAUCCACACAGGGAUGAAGCCAUUUUCAUGUUCGGACUGUGGGAAAAGCUUUAGCCAGAAGUCAACUUUUUACGCCCAUAGAAAAGUUCACACGGGGGAGAAGCCGUUUUCAUGUUCGGAAUGUGGACGAGGUUUUUCUAAAAAAUACCAUCUUACUUUACACGAGAGGAGUCACACGGGAGAGAAACCGUAUUUGUGUAUGGAAUGUGGGAGAGGUUUUGCCCAGAAGUCUCUACUGAUUGGGCAUGUAAGGAUUCACACCGGGGAGAAGCCGCAUUCCUGCAUUGAGUGCGGGAAAAGGUUUACUCUGAGAUCAAACCUGGUUUCACAUGAAAAAGUUCAUGCGAGGAUAAAGCCUUAUUCAUGUUCAGAAUGUGAAAAAUGUUUUCCGUCAAGAGACCAACUUACAAUACACCAGUCCACUCACAGGGUGGAGAAGCGCUAUUCAUGUUCUGAAUGUGGGAGAUGUUUUUCUGAGAUGGAGCCUCUUCUUCUGCACCUGAGAACUCACACAGAGCAAAAUGUGCAGGCAUAUUCCUAACAAUUGGUACUUAAAGUGGAACUUCAGGAAUUGUCUUUUUUUUUGGGGGGACAUCUGUGAUGGCCGGACAACUGACUUCUUUAUGUGACGUCUCAGUUUCCUAUGUGAAACAGGAGGCUUCGGUGCUAGGAUGGGCCAUGGGUUAAAAAAAAAAAGGUCUAAACAUGGAUGAAAUGAAGAAAAGGGGCCUUCAAGGAUGACUGCCAGGUAAGGCCCGGAUUCACAAAGCACUUACGCCGACGUAUCUCGAGAUACGCAGCGUAAGUGUAAAUAUGCGC